AUGCGCGUUCUCGGGAUGAACCCCACGGAAGAAGAGGUCCGCAAGCACUUGGCAGAUCUUGGAGGGCCCCAGUACAUUGAGGAAAGGACGUUUCACCAUUUCAUCAAGGAUGAAUUGAUCAAGCAUUUCGAGAAAGUUCAGGUAGUGGUUGACUAUUUGAAGCAAUAUGACAAGGACGGCAAAGGUGCCUUGUCCAGGGAAGAAUUGCAAGAAGCGAUGCGAGGAAGAGAGUGCCAGGAGCUCCAGGCAAGUGUCGCAAAGGUGCCGAGCAACAGUCAAGGUCACCUGGACAUCGUGGAGCUGGCAAAGUGUUUCUUGGAGCUUAGCGACUUUCAGGCAGACAAAACCAGUGCUGAAAAAUGUCAACGAGGCAAAGACACUCAAGCUGCCGAGGAGAGCGUGAGCGGCCCAGCCUACUCCGCACUGCUCAACCAGAUUUUGGCCUCCACAGAUGCUGUGUUCAAAUACUUCUCCAAACCAUCUGGACUUCCGGCUGCACGACUCGGGCAUGCCCUGGGUGUUCUUGGGAUGAACCUCACAGAAGAUCAGGUCGAGAAGCGUUUGAAGGAUCUGGGUCGUCCGGAGUACAUCGGCCACAAGAUGUUUCACAAUCUCAUUGAGGAAUUGCUAGACUAUCUGAAGCAGUUUGAUAAGGACGGCAAAGGUGCCUUGUCCAAGGAGGAACUACAAGAAGUGAUGAGAGGAAGUGAGCUGAGCAAUGACAAAGUCCAGGUAGGCCAGUCUUGGGAAGAUGCCACGGAACAGCACCCCAGUUGCAAGCCAAAGCGCUCCCACGGUGAAGGCCACCUCGACAUCGCAAAACUGUCCAAGUACUUCUUGGAUCUUGGCGACUCUCAGGUUGGGACGGAAGAGACACCCACCAGGCGGGACGUCGCCUCCAGGGUGCGCGAAGCCAUUGUUCGGAUAGCGGAGGCAGAGGCUCAAUACGACUUGAAGGACGCAAAGGCGUUCGCGCAAUUCCUCCACGACGCAGACGUACGUUUGGUUCGUGCCAGGUACCUCACUGAACUGGUUCUUUCUGGACGCCCACUGCCACGUCGCCAAGAACUCGAGUCCCAGACCUUUGAUCUGCCUGACUCCGAGGCUGAAACAGCCUUGGUGAGCCACCAGGAAGUACAGACCUGGGCUGAAGGGAAUAGGGAUGCGAUCAUCUGCUCGAUCUCCCAUGCUUGGGAGACUCGCGAGCAUCCAGAUCCUUGUAGAUAUCAGCUGGAGCAGAUUGCGCAGCGUGUUGCAUUGUACGAAGCUGCUUUCAAGGCUGAUGUUUGGGUGUUUUACGAUUAUGCAUCGUUGUUCCAAUUUGAGCGGCUCUGUCCAAAACAACAAAGCAGCUUCGGAGCAGCCAUGCAAAAUAUGCAUGUGAUGUAUGCUCACGAGCACACGCUGACCCUGCGCAUCGAAAGUCUCACACCAGAUGAUGUCUGGAAUCGCAUGAUGGAUAACGAGACGGAACUUGUCCCUGUUUAUGACAAGGACGAGAAAUGUGUCGUAGCCAAACCUUUGAAGGAUUUGGUUGCGAACAAAGCCGCGUACCUUUCUCGCGGAUGGUGCAUGGCAGAGGUGGAAUGGAGUUCACUCAGGACUGUGAACCUCCAGCACCAAAGAAUCGACAACGUCGAUGACCGCUCGGAUGAUGACAGCCGCCUGAAUGGCAGGAUCCCAACGACCCCUGCAUAUUUCCGCUCCAAAAUGGAAAAGGCGGUCUUUACCCACAGAUCCGAUGCGGAAAGCGUCAUCCGUUUGCAAGAAAAGAUAUUUUUCGAAAAGGUGACGGCCUGUGAGCACCUUGAGUUGGAAGGCCUUCCGGCCGAUCAAAUGCUGGCGUUGGCUCAUGCUCUUCCGCUCUACAAGAACUUGAAAAGCUUAAGGCUGAGAACCUUCAGAUGCAGCGAGGAGGAGGUUGAACCCCUUGCAAAGGCACAUUGA